GGACAUCCCUCUUCCUCCUUCUACAUCAUUCUCUACGCCUCUGAUUUAAAAACGAAAAUCAUAGAGCUGAAGUAUUUACGCUUUAUUGAUGGGAGCUGUGCAACCACGUACUGAAGAACAAUGAGCCUGGCUCUUCACGAUCUUCUGGUCUGCUGCAGGGGAUUGGAGAAUGACAAAGCCACAGAGAGGAGGAAAGAAGCUGAACGCUUCAGACAUCUCCUUACUCCAGAAACUGUGCAGGAGUUGGAUCGUGUUUCGGGAGUUAGAGCUGCUAAAGGCUCUAAGCAACUUACCUGGGAUACUGUUUUCAGGUUUCUGCAGCGCUAUGUCCAGAAGGAGACGGAACACAUGCAAUCAAGUAAAUCCAGCACCACAGUAACUGCAUUAGCCUCACGGCAAAAAAAGAUGGCUGGAAUGUGCAGCUUGAUCAAGUUCUUCGUCCGCUGUGCUAACAAAAGGGGACCUCAUCUGAAGUGUAGUGAGCUGCUGAGACAUGUGAUGGAGGUGCUGCAGAACUUGCACAGUUGUUUGGCCUAUGGAGAAGACUAUAGUAGCCUCCUUAUUAGAGACAUCCUCUCUGUUCGCAAGUACUGGUGUGACAUCACUCCACAGCAGUGGCACAGUCUUUUGGAGUUGUAUUGUGACUUGUUCAACACUUCUGUCAAGUCCAUCAACCGUGUUUUGGUGAGCAGAGUCAUCCACACAUUGGUGCGGGGCUGCUGCAUACAAACUGAUGGCCUUCACCACAUGCUCUUCAACUUCUUCUCUAAAGCACUGCUAAAUGUCAGGCAGGAGAAGCAGCUGGCUGUGGUGGAACACUUGGUUUCAGCUCUUAACAUCUUCUUGGGAUCUGUGGCUAUUAACUGCCGAAGGAGAGUUUGUCGUCUGGGAGAGGAGCUUCUGCCCUCUGUACUCUAUGUCUGGGCAGAUAUGAGGCCCAGCACUGCACUUAAGAAGGAGAUGGUUGAGUUCUUCAACCUGCAGCUCUGUGUCCACCAUCCUAAAGGAGUAAAGACGCAGGAAUCAGGUGCUCAUGCUGAGGACUGGAGCAAGUGGCACAGUCUGCUGUACAAUCUGUACGAUGCUCUUGUCAUUGAAAUCAGCUCUAUAGGCAGCAGGGGGAAGUACAUCACUGGCAAACGACACAAAGCGGUGAAAGACGACCUCGUUGAGCUGACAGCUGACAUUUGUCAUCAGCUGUUCAGUGACGAUAGAGACAUCCAGAUCCAUCAGGUGACCCAGGUGCGCCUUGAAGCCACCCCGUGGGCCAGUCCAACCCUUGGCACACCCAGCAAGCGACGCCGCAUUGAACUGGGCUGGGAGGUCUUACGAAAACAGCUGCAGACCCAACAGAGUGACUUCAAUGUCAUACCAUGGCUUCAGGUCACCUCAGUUCUCAUCUCAAAGUACCCAUCCAUGGUGCCUGAGCAGGAGCUGGUUCCCCUCCUCUUUGUAUUAUGUCAGCUCCUGGGAGAGCAGCAGAGGGGGGAGAGGGGGCCCUAUGUGCUGCACUGCUUGAGGGAGGUGGCCCUAUGUCAGUCGCGCCAUCCAGAAAGGGCCCCGUCUGAAAGGGCUGAGCGCUACAGGCUGUGGGGCAGGGUGUGGGCCUUGACUCUGCAAAGUGUCAGCUCUCCUCACACGGAGGCCCUCAGUCUCAGCCUACUGGCCUCCAUCCUCCAGGGGGGACUAAUUCCAAUGGAUAGAGAGUUCUGGAAACUUUUUUCUGGCACGGCCUGCAAUUUGUCCCCAGCGUCCGCUCUUUGUGUAGCCCAAGCUCUACUGAAGUAUGCGGUCCCUAAGAAUCUUGUCCUGGGCACAAGUUGGGAGAGUAUGGGUGGCACGGACGGGUCCCCAAACUUAAAGAAGACCCUCAUUGCCUGGCUUCUGAUGAGUGAUCAGAACGAGGAGAUGGAAGAUGGCUGUAGACCACACCCCAUCGUUUGCAGGGACUUCCCUCACAACUUGAUAGCAAACAUCUUGGUUUCACUAACAUUGAAGGACACCAGAGCUGGCUUGAUGUUCCUCUUGGGAUUCCAAGGACUCGAGAGCAUCGUUCCUCAAGAGCAAGUGUUGCCCAAACCGAAAGCUUCACAAGCAGAGCUUGAGAGGUUGUACCUGCUGUUCAGCUUUGACGGAUUGGCCACCGAGCUCAGAGUCAAAGAGAAGGCAGUGAGGUUGGUGCCAGUUGGUGACCAACUGCCCGCUGUCCCCUGGCUGAGGGAGAAGCUGGAGCAAUCACUUGUCUGCAUGGCAGACAAACUACUCAACUGCUAUUCUGUUGAAUCCCAGAACGUCCCUCCAGAUUGUCUGGUGCGCUGCUUCAGUUUGCUGGGUGGUGUUCUAGCGGCAUUCGUGUCCAUCGGCAUUCUGACUGAAGAGGAGGCCUGCCACUCACAGCUCUUCACUAAGGCCAAGUCGCUUGCCCAGGACUUCGGUGAGUUUGUCUCCAGUGUAAAAGUGAAGCUGAUAGAGGACGGGACCAUGGCCAUGCUGAGCUCUGUCAUGAAGCUCUGCACACUGUCGGCCAGCAGAGAGGACAAGGUCAAGGAUAAAGUUGGUCUCGUCGCCUCCAGGCUAUAUAUAAGUAUUCUGCCUGCCAGACUUCUCAGUGAACUGGCUGAAAUCUGCAAACUUCUGUUGAACAAUGCAUCUAGACGAAUCAGUGCAGUGGUUGAAGAUGAAGACAUGGAUGAUGAGUGUGUUGUGCCCAGAGCUCCACAAGGGGAAAAUCUUGAGUUUUUUGAUGACGGUGAAGUGCCCCACAGUAGCACCAACACGUCCCACAGACAAAAUGGAUAUAACACUGAUGGUUCCAGUGGCCCAGGUGCGACUAGCCUGUUGGCAGAGGAGCAUCUGGCUAACCAGGACCUGGCUGUCCUUGCUAGCUUGGAAUUCCUGUGUUCAUGUGCCUCGGUCCAGCCGUACCAUAGCUUACUGUUUAAACCGCAGGAAGUGCGACGUAGGCUGUUGUUGCUGCUGGACCAGAUAGACUUCAGCAAAGCCCUGCAUGUUCAAAUGUACCUUGUCCUGUUGAAGAAGCUUCCUGCUGAGGGCUCGCUAUGUCCAGAGGAGUUUGAUACAUUGCUCAGACCUCUAGCGGACCUGUGCUCUCUGAACCGCCAGGACCAGGAGAUCUGUGCCACGGUGCUGCUGAGUUUAUUAUCUUCCAUCAGGAGCUUAGGGCAAACCACCCACCCGGUGGAGGAAAUGAGACAUGUACAAGGAGCCCUGUUACAAGCGGUUUCUGGAUUUUGUAUUCUGGGCCAAACGGGGAAAUGCACUGCAUCUGUGCGUGUUGCUUUAGUGCAGUGUCUGGUUGCCUUGCUAGAGGUUGACCCAUGUUGUAAGUGGGCAAUCCUGAAGCUGAGAGAGGAGGAGGAGGUUCCAGUGUCUCGCUUCCUUCCAUCUUACCUUGCAGACCGCCAUCAUCAUGUCCGAAUGAUAGCAGCCUUGUCUGUGGAGAGGCUAUUUGUCGAAAUGAGACCAGAUCACCCAGGGAACAGGAAAUUGCUGCCGCUGAAACACCAACAGGCAGCCUUUGAGGAUGUCUACCUAAAGGCUCAGGAAGGCAUGAGGUUCUCGAAAGACAGAUCUUCAGAUGACCUAGAUGAUGACAUGUUUAACCGCAAGGCCACGCUGUUGAGGAGUGUGUCUGCUGUGCUGUGCUGCAGCCCUGUCUUUGAGAAGCAGUCCCUGUUUGCCCUCUUCCAGUCAUAUAAGGAAAACAAUAUAGAGGAUCCGCUCAUCAAAAAGGUGAUGUACCAUGUAUCAAGAAUCCUUGGCUACAGAAGUGUCAAAGUUUUUGUCACUUCUCACCUUUACUAUCUGGUGGCUGAGUGGCUCGGGCAACAACAUUCUGAUAUAAAGUCUGAUGUCCGUUACACUCUUCAGUCUUUUCCCUAUAACCUUGUCGACCAUGGCAGUCUAAAAGAGUUCUACAGUUCCUCCUACCAGGUGCUGAUUCCCCAUUUGGCUUUCUUGGAUGACUUUGAGCAGGUAAAGUCAGUUGGCAGCCAUCUUGGGAAGGACUGGAGAGAGUUGCUGGCAGACUGCUUUCCCAAGAUUAUGGUCAACAUCCUGCCCUAUUUUGCCUUACCUGGCCAGGGUGCACAAGUAGCCCAGCAGAGAGAGAAGGCCCAUAAGGUCUAUGACUUGCUCAAAGAUGCCAACUGCUUGGGCAAACAGCAAAUUGACAGCCUGAUCCACAAUAACCUGGCAGACAUUGUUGUUGAACUGCUGAUGACGCUUUACGAAGGACCCGGGAAUGGAGAGGACAGAGAACACUUGGUGAAUUUCAUAGGGGAAUUGGACCCUGCGCCAAACCCUCCAUACUUCAGUUGCUCUGUCAUCAAAGCAACAUUGGACUACCUCAGCAAAUGUCAUAGUGCUAACCACAAGUCUCUGGUGGCCAUUCUGUCCAAGAACCCAAUUUCCAUCCAGAUGAUUCUGCUGGCGAUUUGUAAGAAGGUGGCGGAGACAACUAACGGCUAUGAGCGCCAUCGAAUUCUCUUGAUGUACCACCUGUUUGUUAGCAUGUUGCUGAAAGAGGUAAAGGAUGGUCUGGGGGGAGCUUGGGCCUUCGCCCUGAGAGAUAUAAUCUACACGCUCAUCCAUCACAUGAGUUGCAGACCAGCCCAAUAUGAUGAGGUUUCUAACCGAAGCUUAACUCUGUGCUGUGACCUGCUGACUGCAGUGUGUCAGGCAGCCCUGCAGUAUUGUGACGAUGCUCUAGAGGGCCACCUGCAAGUCAUCAUUGGAACACUCACGUCUCAAGUGACCCACCAGCUUGCCACCUCACAGCAGGCAAUGAGUUUGCUGCAGUUUCUUGUCAUAGAGAACCAGGAGAAAUUGAAGGAUGCCAUCUGUAGAUUGGAGCCUUUCCCUGACCGCUCCGAAUUUAAAGAACUACGAUCCAUACAGCACACACUUAAAUACAGCGCUAGGACUUUCACACUGCGACAGGAAAUAGCCCACUUCCUGUCUGUAACAUCCUGUGACUCGUUGCCUCUGACCAGACUGGAGGGGCUUAAGGAGUUGACCAGACAGCUACAUGAGAACAAAGGACAGGUCAAAGAUCUACUCAAAGAGUGCCAUGGUGACCCGUCUGAAAGUGUCUUGGUGAAACUGGUUCUCAGCCUACUACAGCUCAGUAAACUAGCAGCUAACCACCCUGGAGGGGAAGAUAUUUUAGAGGAAGCAGGGAGCUGUCUGGGAGAACUGGGCCCAAUAGAUUUUGCCACCAUUGCUCUUCUCCAUGGCAGAGAAUCUCUCCAUGCAAAAGCCAUGGCAAUCUUAGCCACCACCGAAGCCCAAUGCCUGUAUAUCAUCCUCAACUUCAUGAAUGAUGCACUCAUCCACCACUGUAUUGAGGUAAGGCAGGCCGCAGCUCGGUGUGUGAAGAACAUUCUGGCCACUAAGUCCGCAGCUGACUUCUGGGACCAACACAAAAACAGCGGAGACCCCAUGCUGCCCUACCUCAAUCCCUUUAGAACAGCAAGGAAGAAGGUGGUCACUGUGAGUCCAGAGGUAAGUUCAGAGGCAAAGCAGAUGCUGGAGAGCCAAGAGUUAUGGAUUCCUCAGGCUGGGGGCCACAAGAUCUGGCUAAAAACUCUUUGCACCACUCUGCUGGACAGUGGAGGGGUCAGAUCUGAGGUUCUGCUAUUAUCACGAUCACUGUGUCUGGUUAAGACAGACUUCUGUCAGAAGGUGCUGCCCUUCAUCAUCCACUCUAUCCUAAUGGGGGACAACGAUGGCUCGUGGAGAGAGGUGCUCUCUUCCAACAUACGGGACUUUUUCACCUUUUGGUCCAGAAACACACAGGUCUACAGCCACUCUGCUCCUCAACUCACUGCUGACUAUGGGGAGUCAGAUGUCAGCCGGGAUCUUUACAAGCCCUCUCUGCGUACCAUGUUAUCAGUUAUCGACUACCUGAGACACCAACAGAGACCACUGGAGACUAACAGUAACUCCUGUGGUACGGUGUGCCACUCGAACUUCUGGCUGGAGCUGAACUACCUGGAGGUGGCCAGAGCAGCCCAGUCCUGCUCAGCACACUUCACCGCUCUGCUCUACGCUGAGAUCUACGUUGACAAGAUCAAGGCUGUCAUGGAGGAAAGCCACAGAAACAAGCCCCGAACAUUUCGUAGGAUCAACUUUGAGGAGAACAGCCAGAACCUGACCAUCUCCAGCCUGACAAAGAAGAGUUUGGAGGAUACUGGGAUCAGCCUACAGGACCUGCUGAUUGAGGUUUAUGGAAGCAUCGGGGAACCUGACAGUCUAUAUGGCUGUGGCGAGGAGAAGAUGACAUGUCCUCUGACCAGGAUUCGUACUUAUGAGCACGAGGCUAUGUGGGGAAAGGCCCUGACCUCAUAUGACCUUCACUCUACUUUGCCUGAAGUGACAAGACAAGUGGGAAUUGUGCAGGGCUUGCAGAACUUUGGUCUAAGCAGCAUCCUUGCCACAUACCUGAAGGGUCUGGAGAGAGAAGGGGUGGAGUGGACGACUGAGUUGAGAGAGCUCCGCUUCCAGACUGCUUGGAGGAAUAUGCAGUGGGACUGUGACCUAUCAGAGAGGAGUGAGAAAUCCAAACCUGGCUUCAACGAGCUGGUGUUCUCUGCCUUGCAAGCUUUGAGGGACAAAGAAUUCUCCAUUUUUGAUCAGACUUUGAAAUAUGCCAGGUGUGCAGAGGUGGAAGAGCUGUGCAGAGACAGUUUAGAGGCAGUAUUAUCUCUAUACCCAACCCUGAGGAAACUCCAGAGUAUUGGAGAACUGGAGAGUGUUAGGAAGCUCUUCUCCAGACCCUUUACAGAUAUGACUCUAGAAGAGGUAUGUAGUCACUGGCAACAGCACUCCCAGCUGCUGGCCAACACUGACUUUACUCUGGUGGAGCCCAUCCUUGCUCUCCGCUCUGUGACCCAGCACACCCUGAUGUCCACAGUGGGAGACCCUGACAGUGCGAUGUGCCUGAAUUCUAUGCUCACCAACCACCUCAUGGAGCUCUGCCAGCUGGCUCGUAAUGCUGGCAAUACACAGUUGGCAGAGCAGGCCAUUUCCCAGAUGAAGCAGCUCCGUGGUGGUUUCCAGGCCACCGCUAACAUGUCUACAUUCCAACUGGAGGAGUCCCAGGUGUUCUGGGCGAAGGGCGAGCAUGGCCUGGCUCUGAGCCUACUAAGACAAUUGAUACACACUCUUGAGGAUCAGGUGGACUUUAAGCCUGCCCUUGCCCCAGUCUACACUGAAUGUUUGAGACUUUGUGGUAACUGGCUUGCUGAAACAUGUCUUGAGAGCCCAGGAGUCAUCCUAGAGAAGUACCUAGAGAGGGCUGUGCAGGUUAUUAAGGGCGAAAUGGGGGUCCAGGACUCAAGGCUGCAGAGCCAGAGGACUCGGGCCUUCCUGUCUCUGGCUCGUUUCUCUGAUGCUCAGUACCAAAGCAUUGACAACUACAUGAAUUCCUCUGAGUUUGAGACCAAGCAGGCCCUGCUGGAGAAUGCUAAGAAGGAAGUGGACUUGAUGAGGGAGCGUAAAGUUGGCACCAACAGGUACACAAUAAAAGUGAAAAAAGAACUGGAGCUGGAUGAGACGGCUCUGUCUACCUUGCAAGCAGACAGACAGCGGUUCCUGUGUAAAGCGGUUGAGAACUACAUACAAUGUCUGGAGCAGGGAGAGGAGCACGACACCUGGGUUUUCCGCUUAGCUUCGCUCUGGUUAAAGAAUGCUGACAUCAAGCUUGUCAACAUCAUGAUGAGGGAUGGAGUGAAGGGAAUUUCAUCCUAUAAGUUCUUGCCUCUCAUGUACCAACUAGCUGCACGAAUGGGACCCAAGCUUGCUCCUGGGGCGGCUGAGGAUGUGGGCUUCCAUGAUGUCCUCAAUGACCUCAUCUGUCGUUCAUCCCUAGAGCACCCCCACCACACUCUUUUCAUCAUCCUUGCUCUGGUCAAUGCCAACAAAGAUGAGACAGUCUCCAAGACAGCUGCUCGACUGUCCAAGAGCGCCUUGCAACAGCCAUCACCACUGGACCUGGAUCGGUCUGAAGUUGCAAGAAAUAUCAUCAAUAUCAUCAAGAAGAAGAGAGGUAUCAUGGUCCGAGGGCUUGAGCGUCUUUGCGAUGCAUACAUCACUCUUGCCUACAUGGAUACCAGCAGGCACAAAAAUGACAAAAAUGCUAUUCCCAUUCCUGCCGAUCAACCUAUUACGAAAAUAAAAGAUAUGGAAGAUGUCAUCAUCCCCACAAUGGAGGUUAAGGUGGAUCCCUCUGGUCAUUAUCACAACUUGGUUACCAUUCGGUCUUUUAAGCCCCACUACUACCUGGCUGGGGGAGUCAACUUGCCCAAGAUUAUUGACUGUGUUGGCUCUGAUGGCAAGAACAGGAAACAGUUGGUCAAGGGUCAGGAUGACCUGCGACAGGAUGCAGUGAUGCAGCAGGUCUUCUGCAUGUGCUCCAUGCUGCUGCAGCGCAACACAGAAACACGCAAGAGGAAGCUUAAUAUCAGACGAUACAAGGUGGUACCUUUCUCCCAGCGCAGUGGUGUGUUAGAGUGGUGCUCUGGCACAGUGCCCUUGGGGGAGUUCCUGGUGGACUCUAACAAAGGGGCUCACAAACGCUUCCGACCCCAAGACUGGACCGACUCUGCCUGCCGCAAAAAGAUGAUGGAUGCUAGGGGUUCUGAGGAGAAGAUGGAGACCUACAUGGAGGUGUGUAAGAAGUUCGGGCCAGUCUUCAGGUAUUUCUGCAUGGAACGCUUCCUGGACCCUGCUGUGUGGAUGGAGAAACGGCUGGCCUACACCCGUAGUGUUGCCACUUCCUCCAUAGUUGGCUAUAUUGUAGGUCUUGGUGACAGGCACAUCCACAAUAUUCUAAUUGACGAGCAGACUGCUGAACUGGUACACAUUGAUCUAGGUGUUGCUUUUGAGCAGGGGAAGAUUCUCCCCACCCCUGAGACUGUUCCAUUCAGACUGUCUAGAGAUAUAGUGGAUGGUAUGGGCAUUACUGGAGUGGAGGGAGUUUUCAGAAGAUGCUGUGAAAAGACAAUGGAGAUGAUGAGAACCUCACAAGAAGCUGUGCUCACCAUUGUGGAGGUGCUGCUGUAUGACCCGCUGUUUGACUGGACCAUGAACCCUCUGAAGGCCUUCUAUUUGCAGCAAGAUGAGCAGCAAGAACUCAACGCUACACUCAACUCUACCCUGGGAAGAGAUGACAUAGACAAUAACCGCAAAGCCAGCAGUGACAGCCAGAGCGUCAACAAGGUGGCAGAGCGGGUGCUAUUACGGUUGCAGGAGAAACUGAAGGGGGUAGAGGAAGGCACAGUGCUGAGUGUGGGGGGACAAGUAAACCUGCUCAUCCAACAGGCCAUGGAUCCAACCAACCUCUGCAGACUGUUCCACGGAUGGAGGGCCUGGGUUUAGCCAAAAAAAAAAGGGAAAAAUAGAAAGUCUCAUAUCUGGACUAGAGGGUUUCCUGCUGAUAGCAUGAGGUGCAAUACCGCUUUUGCAGAAAAACUCUUCGGUUAAGGGAUUUUUAUGGUCUCACUAGAAUUAAAGUUGAAUGGAGACAUUACUCUGGAGACAAGAAACCCAUUGGAACAGUUUCUAGUUCAUAAAGUUUCUUUAAAAGUAAUUGUAUAGCUUUCAGUCAGAAUUUGAAGCCGCUUUUCAAAAACCAGAUUUUUUUGAGGGGUGGCCUGGGGAACCAUGUGUUGCAAUAAAUGGAGAAAGAGGCUGCAAAAUCCAAGAGGCGUUACAAUAGCAAUUGUAAUGCCGUUACAAAAUCAGGUCAAUUAAGCUGAUUAGUUUUGUUUGUUUUUUUUUUAAUAGGAAAAAGUCCGUUCAUUCAGAAAGGUAAUGCCUGGCAAAAAAAAGGCUAAGGUUUUGACAGGAAACCAACCUUGCUUUGGUUAUGGGGGGGAAAAAACAGGUAUCCAAGGCAUUUGGCCCUGAUUGUCAGUAUUGUUUGCUUACUGUGAGUUUUGUAGAUUUAUUGCCACAUCAGGAAGAAUAUGUUCUUCUUGAUAUGAUACAAAGCCUUGAUACUGUCUCACGUGUUCAAGCCUUGUAAGACGUGGUUUUGAGGGGAGAUUUUUCAAUGAAUGGCCAAAGUUUUGGUUUUGUUUUUUGUAUGGAAUUUGCCUAAUGCAUAUGUUCCAAGACUGAAUGUAAUAAAUUCU